CGCCGUUUGUGAGGAGAUUUUCAACUCUUUUCAGCAGCUUCUUAUUAAGGCUUAUUAUGUUGCAGCGCUGCAGUCGCUUCAGUAACCAGAUCUGCCUUUAAUCUGCGCUUCAGCAUGAGAGAGGUGGAUUGUUUGGUUGUUGCGUGCUCAAGCGGGAGAUGGGAAUCUGGUCUUUGCGGAUUCUUUGCUUAGUCGGUUGUUUGCCAAGACAAGCUGAGAUCUGAGAUUGUUUUGUUUAGAACAGACAUUUUUGUUUCACUUGGUUAUUGUGCGUGCACGUUAGCUCUGUGGAUCCUCUGCUCCUGUGCUGUCCCGCACAGAGCGUCCCGUCUGUCAGGCGCAUGUGAGGAAAACAAGUCUCACCGAGAUGAGAAACAGGAGAUGCCGUGAAAUCGUCCUGUGCCCGGCUGGCUUUUCAGGAAUGUCGUGUUGAUAAACAGGCCGGCGCUUUUCCCUGUCAGCAUUUUCUGAUAUUCAGAUCUGGUGUGUCACCGAUCUGUGCUCCUGCCUCCCGCUUUCUCACCGCCUUAUCAUCAUGCAGAGGAGUAGCUUGGAGCUCUGCUGGAGCUUGGAAAUUUCCGUAAAGCAAUCCGCGUCCAGUGUUUGGGCUGCGUUAGAGUGGGGUGAGGGUUGGUGUGUGUGCUGCUGUGGGUAGGGUCAAGAAGCAAAGAAACUGUCGGGCUCAGCAUUUGCUUCCACUUUCUGGAUCAGGACUCGUCAUGUCCCUGAAUGCAGGUGCUCCGCCGAACCUGCUCCGCUGUGAGGGCGUGAACAACCAGACCUACUUCUGCGAGUCUGGACACUGCUGUGGAGAAUCCCAGUGCUGUAGUUACUACUAUGAGCUGUGGUGGUUCUGGCUGGUGUGGGCUAUCAUCUUCAUAUUAAGCUGCUGCUGCGUUUGUCACCAUCGCCGCACCAAACACCGGCUGCAGCAGCAGCAACGGCAGCACGAGAUCAACCUCAUCGCCUACCGGGAGGCUCACAACUACCCGUCCGUGCCCUUCUACUUCAGGUUUCUGCCCAACUACCUCCUUCCUGACUAUGAGGAGGUGGUUAACCGGCCGCCGACUCCGCCCCCCCCUUACACCGCCUUACUGACCGGACCGUCCUCGGUGGUUUCCAGCCCCCUAAAUCCUGAGCAGCAGGAUGGACACGGCCCCACCGUCCAGUCCUCCCCGGGCCCCCCCACCUCGGACAGCCUGUGCUGCAGACCGACUGAGGAGCCGCCUCCCGCCUCUUUGGACUUCACGCCGAAGCCCGAGGGCAAGCGCGCACAGACCGCAGAAGACGCGGACACGAUACUACGCGGGGACGGCGUGGAGCGGCUGUCCAGCCACGGCGUGAAGGGGGACAGUGAGGAAGACUGCAGGGACCCGCUGAUGAAGGACAUCGGCCUGUCCGAGGACAAGGAGCGCCUCCCGAAUGGCAGGAGGAGGCGCUUCACGGGGGACUCUGGGAUUGAGGUGUGCGUGUGCGGCACGCGCGGCAGCGGCGUCUGCGGAGGGGCCGGGGGGACGGGCCCGGAUUGCAAGGAGCUGAGGGAGCUGGAGAGCCUGCUGGGACAGGACGACGGCGAGGAGGGGGACGGCUCCGGGGACUUCUGCGACAGCUGUUCUCAAGGAGCCUCGCUCAGGGGGGAGGACGACCCACCGCCGGGGGCUGCAGACAGGAGGGCCGGAAGGGGGCCGACCGGGUCUCCCUCGCCACCAGGCGGGGGCCCGCUCCAGGAACCUGUGUGCCUCCUUCUGCACACCAUCAACGAGCAGGAGGGAGGGGCCCCCAGCAGCAUGGAGGGCUGAACUCUAAUUGACUGUUUUAUGAUUACGCCCCCCCAACACACACAGUGGCCUUAAUCUGUUUGGGGGGGGAGUGGAGCUUACCCCCACCGCACACUCACAGGUCUGCGUCAGUUUUCUCAUUUAUCACAAGCAGCAGUCCUGGGGGGGUUCCCCGCUGCCACUGAACUAUUGAGCAGGAUCAUUGUGGGGGGGUGCAGCAUGGAGCUCCUCUGUGUUCAUGAUACUGUACUAGAUGUACAAGGACAAUACAGGGGGAGGGGGUCCAUGCUUCUAAAGUGCUUUUUCAGCGAUUCAAAAACCGCUCUGCCUGGAAGUUCACGUCGUCUGGCGUGUCUGAGCACGAGCACUUCCUGUUUGCACACUUUCUGUAGAAGUUGUAGCAGAAAAAAAACAUUUUCCUCCGUUCGGUCCUGAACCAUCAGGACCUUCAGAGCAUCAGCCCAUGAGGCGCAGUGAUGUUCUGACCCUGAGAUGAUGAAUGAUUGUAGCUCGUGCCUGAAAAACCCCACAGUGGUGGAACAAUCAGUGAAACUGAAAAAAGCAGCUACCAAAAACAGGAAUGUUAAGCUUCUUAGAGAUUAACCGCAAAAGGGCGACUUCAGACCUCGUACUUGUGUGUCAGUCACUUUCACCAGCUUUGACCAUUUUCCCAUCUACCGCCUUUACUGCUGCCUUACGAUAGAUCAGUGAGUGACGCUGAAAUGUAGCUCCACUGGUUUUAAGGAAAGUUCUGCAUGUUCAACUUUUUGUAGACUAAAAGAAACGUGUUUUCCAUUAAUCCUUACUUCACUCGUUACUUCAGCACAACAACAAGCAUCCAAGAGGGCAAUCGGUUAGAGAUGCAAAGGUUUGCAGGUUCAUUUUUGAUCCAUUUCUUAUUUCGUUUGCACUGCAGGAUAUUAGAAUUCUUUAAAAAAAAUAAAGAAAAAAUUGCUAAUUAUUGGUGCAAAUUGAGAUUAAAACUAUGUAAUUCAUCUGUAAUUUCCUGUAUUGAAAAUGUUGAUCCGGAGAGGCGCAUCAGAAAGUUUCUGAGCUGGCCUUGAAUGCAUCACAAAUGCUUAAAGGUGCUGGUCAUUUAGAUUUCCAAUUUAAACCUCUUAAAAUGAAAAGUCAGUGUUUGACAUAACUGUUAAAAUGUGCUAAAACGUGCUGGAUUUCUGCUUUGAUUCCCUCAAUAGCAUCUCUUAGCUUCUCUGCAGUCUAAAUUUUGGCUUCCUGUUGGAAAAGUGAGCUGCUGGGUUACUGCAGUUUGUAUCCAUUAUGGCCUGAAUACACUCUUAAGUGCUUUAGAUAUAAAUGCUUUUGUAACCUUAAAGAAAAAGGUGUAAGUUGAAAGUUUUAGUUAAGGAGCUCUCUUUUCAUAUCAGCUGAUUCAUUUAAAAUUUAUAUAAAAACUGAAGAAACCACUUUAUAUUUGGAAAAUCUGUACAGUAGCUUUAUUCUGAACCAAAAUGUGUUUUUCAUCUCUUUAAAAGGAAAUCAUUAGAUUUAUUGAUAUGAACCGUUUUGGGUAUUAAGUUGUUCAUCUGAGGAAAAAGUUUGUUAAUCUGAGGUUGUUUGAAGGGUUAAUCCUACUAACUGUACGCGUUUGUAAAGAUAUUGGCUGAUUUUUGCCAAAGACACCUUGUUAUGGUUUGUGCUUUUGCACAUACUUGUUUGAAUGUUUUGAUCAUAAGCCAUUCAUUGUAAGAUGGAUGUAUGUUCAAUAAACAUUGAAUUUACACAAA